UCCAAACCCAAGCCAUUAGUCAUAGUCCAACCAAAGAGCACCAAAGUCAUUCAGUUGGAGGGAAACCCCAUCUAACCGUCCAUUUUUGAUCCAACGGUGGAGAUUGUCUCUAACCACAAAAUGAGAAAUCCAAAGGUGAAUUUAGAGAGAGAAAGAGAGAUAUAUAUAUACACAAAAUACAGAAAAACAGAGUCUUCUGGUGAAGAUAACAGAGAAAAUAAAAAAAAAAUAUCAGACACAACCACUCUCUCUCUCUCUCAUUUUGUUUUCCACGAAAUUACUCAUCUGGGUUUCCUUCAUUUUCCCGGAAAACUCUUCUGAAGAGAGAAAGUUUCCUUUUUUUUCAUCUGAAAGAGUUUUUUUUUUUGUGGUGGUGGUGGUGGCUCUGCUACUGCCGCCAUAGAAUGCAACUUUUUCAAUCAACUUGUAAAUCAUCUCUCAUCUCUAUUUUCUGAUUUUCCUUUCCUUUGCGGUGUUUGUUUCCCGGGAAAAAAGUUAAAAGAGAAAAAUUUUGUUUCUGUGAAGAAAAUCAAAUAAAGAGAGGAACUUUCUUUAAUAUAAACUGAUCUUGUUUUCUGGGUCAUUACUAAUUUCAUUCAUUUGCAUGAUAAUCUGAGAGAAAAUUGAAUAGAUCUUAAAAGAGAUGGAAAAGGAAGGAAAGAGCCAGAAAGGGUCGUCGGCGGCGACGGUUGUGGCGGCACCGACGGCGGCGGAGACUGAUUUUGUGUUGCAGUGGGGUAAUAGAAAAAGGCUUAGAUGUGUUAAAGUGAAGAAAGAUCAAAACUUUAAUGGGAAAUCUCCUUCAGAUUGUUUGGAUAGUAAGAAAAUUAGUUCUCGUUUGUUAUCUUCAGCUAAAGAUUCUUCACCAUUACAGCAACGUCUCAACAAGAGUUUGAAUUCUCCAAUGAACAACCGAAAAUCAUCAUCGGCGAUGACAUCGCCAGAGAAGGAAGAUCGAUACUACACGACGAGGGGUUCGUUGGGAUUAGAUGAGAAUGGGAAGAUGUUGGGAUUGGAACAUCAUCCUCACCAUCUUCACCAUUUUGGUCAAAAUGGAGAUAACAAGGCUAAGAUUGUUUGGCCAAAAUUGUUCGUUUCGUUAUCAAGUAAAGAGAAAGAAGAGGAUUUCUUGGCUAUGAAAGGGUGUAAGCUUCCUCAAAGACCUAAGAAAAGAGCUAAAUUCCUUCAAAAGAGUUUACUUUUGGUUAUGCCAGGUACAUGGCUAACAGAUUUGUGUCAAGAAAGGUAUGAAGUUAGGGAAAAGAAGGCUUCAAAGAAGAGACCUAGAGGAUUGAAGGCCAUGGGGAGUAUGGAAAGUGAUUCAGAAUGAGAAGUUAUUAGGAGUUGAAGAAGAUAUGUUUAAAGCUUUGGUUUUUAUUUUGAAGAGAAUCAAAACAUGAGUGGAGGGAAAAAAAAGAAAGAAAGAAAAAGAUUGAAGAUAGAAAAAGAGGUUAUAAAUGUUGUUAAAUCACUCUUUUCUCUUCUUAGGAUCAUUUUGAGUUUUGAGAAAUUAUAAAAUUAAAAAAUGAAACAAAAUGUAAUUUUAUUUUCUUCUCCUAAUUUUGAUAUGUAAUAUGAUAUGAUAUCUCUACA